CAUAUGGUUACCAGCCAAAAGGGGGAUAAAACUAUGAAGUUUUUAUUCAUUGGGUUGCGGCCCCUGUGGGACUGCAACUGAACUGUUGACGUUUUUUUUAUGCUUUUGUGAGCGAAAUUACCUGUGUUCCAUGUCAUGUGACAUGUGCCUAGUCGUGUCGCACACGCAAGGCUGCUGUCUGUGGACCAAGAUGUAGACCUAAUGAAGGGCUACAGUUUUUCUGUUUCUAUUUUGAUCUUUUGAUCUUUUGAUCUUUUGGUCUUUUGGAUUGUUUGGAUCUUUUGGUCUAUCUUGGCUAGUUCGUUUUGUGUUGCAUCGCCGUCAUGGCUCGAUGCUAUAAAUAAACGAGUACUUGACAACAACUGUCGGCGUCGGUGUGUACUUAAUCUCAGGGUCAGCCCGUCUUAACCACAACACCUCAGUGGGUAAAAGCAUCCCCACUGAGUGAGGGUUACAUUUGGCGCCCAACGUGGGGCUUGACCUUGGGAGGUAGGAUGGAACACAGCGACCCGACGUUGGAGAAGUUGACGGAGGAGCUGGCCAAGUUGACGGCUAAGAUGGCGGCGAUGCAGGCAGAUGCGCAGCGGCCCGUGAAGGUGGAGGUGUGUGCUCCAGCACACAACAGCAAGCUGAGUGUGUUCACCGGCCUUCCACCCACUGGAGGAGGGGAGGUGAAUUUCCCGGAAUGGGAAACUCAAGUACAGUGUUUGCUGCGGAACACCAGCGUUCCGAACCCGUUGCCACCCGUUUUAGGCAGCCUGAGAGGGAUUGCCUAUGAGCGGGUGAAGCAAGCUGCGAGUCCAGAGGAAGUGCUAUGCCUCCUACAAAGCACUUUUGGCGACACCAGAUGUGCCGAAGACAGGUAUCUGCAGUUCAGCCGACUCACUCCACAUCCAAGGGAGUCAGCGUCGGAAUUUCUCUGCCGACUGUGGUCAGAGAUGACGAAGCUAAACCAGCAGCGUAUCUUUACUGAGGCCGAUGCCCAGAAGAAGGUGUAUCACACUUUCUGCAAGGGGGUUUCACCUCUUCUGGCGCUCGAACUUCGCGGCACAUUUGGUUUCGCAGGGGAAGCCAGUCCGAAGGUGGAGGACGUUCUGAAAGCUGUUAAAAGGCUGGACGGGACAGCUGAGUCCCCAGUCGUAGCCACGGCAGCAGCUAACAGGACUAUCCAGGUCGACGCAGUAACGGCAGCUGUUCACCAAGAGACGACGCCGCCGCUGAUGCUCACGGAGGAGCAACUCGACCGUCUGGCGCAGAAGGUCGACGCAGUAACGGUAGCUGGUCGCCAGGAGACUACGCCGCUGAUGCUCACGGAGGAACAACUCGACCGUCUGGCGGAGAAGGUGGCAGAUAUCCUAGCCCGGAAACAACAGCCCUCCAGAGGAGCUUGUUACGGGUGCGGGUCCACGAAGCACUUCGUCCGCGACUGUCCGAGAAAAGCAGCUAGGCAACGGGGUCAGCAGCAGGGGAAACGCCAGUCUAUCAGCGUCGGGGAGCGGAUGCUGAUGCGUGUUCUGCCAAGCUCCCAGCCCAAGUUUACGCCACCGAGAUCAGCACAGUGUCGAGCAACCACAGUUCAGGUUACCUCGCCUAACGGCUGGAGGUACGGCUGUCGGGUGUUCCGCCGUGGACGAGGGUUGCAGCCGGAGGGUGCGCGUGAGAAGGGUAGACAGCCACACUAUGAAUGUCAGUCUCAGCGCGAGCAAGAUCAUCGCUUGGGAGACAGACAUGACACAAGCAGAGGUCGGAGACGCCGCCGGAGGAGAGGCCGACGACGUGGUGGACGCCGCCGUGGUUGGCAGCGACCCGACUAUACAAGGUCGAGUGCUGAACCCACUGUGGCGGAGGGGGAGCGACGGAGAGAGAUCGUCCCAACCAGUGAGGCAGAUGAAGGUGAGGAACUGACAAUCAAGGUAGUGGUCCCAACUAGACUUCGGCCGGAGGCAACGCCUUUCGUGCCCGAGGUGGUCGCCCAGGACGGACAAGAAAAGGAGAUGGUCAGGCCAGCCCCACAUCUGGAUGAGGUGAAUGCGAGGGACGAGGCAUCGGACGAGGAUGACUCUUGGAUCAACCCAGAACCACCAGUGGAGCUGCGGAGGUCAACCCGUCAACGACGACCCGUCGAGCGACUCAACCUGGCGCAUCAAGUGGUGACCAGUACCAGCACUGGAGCCUCUACCGGUUUGCCGGGAAUAAUCUAUUUAAGUUGA